AGUAAAGGUAAAAGAAUGAAAAGGAAAGAAGCGAAGGUGAAAUCUCCAGUUGAAAAGAAAGAGAAGAAAGCGAAAUCUGCAUGUGAUGCUACAGGUUGAGAGUAAGCCUUUGGUUCAAGCCCAGAAGCCACCUUCCAAGGUCAAGGACUUCAGGAUGACCCGAUUCUUGAGUAAGAACACAAACAGCAGCUUUACUUCACUCCCGUUCGUGGACCCCAAGGGGAAGAACACGGUGAACUUGCCUCACAUCAGCAGUAGAGUCCCGCCACAGCAGCCCCCACUGCGUCAGGAGAAUCAAACUCACAGUCGGGCGUUGUCCUCUGAGCUCAAGGCUUCAGAAAUGCCCUUCCCUUCAAGCAUUAAAACCCAAGAUGCGAAGUCAGAGGAGAAGCCAUCAAAGGCACACAAGCACAGGGUGCCUCUGACAGCAGCAGAGGCCCUAAAGUUUUUUAAGAACCAGCUGUCUUCCUAUGAGCAAAGUGAAAUCCUGGGCUACACGGAGCUGUGGUUCCUGGGGCUGGACGCUGAGAAGCUCCACAUGGCUCCUGCGAAGUUCAGCAAGACGAGUUUCGACGAUGAACACGGCUACUACAUGAAGGUCCUGCAUGACCACAUUGCCUACCGCUACGAGGUUCUGGAGAUGAUCGGGAAGGGGUCCUCUGGACAGGUGGCCAAGUGCUUGGAUCACAGACACAAUGAGUUCGUGGCCUUGAAAAUCAUCAGGAACAAGAAGAGAUUUCACCACCAGGCCCUGGUGGAGCUGAAGAUCCUGGAAGCUCUCAGAAGGAAGGACAAAGACAACACCUACAACGUGGUGCACAUGAAGGACUUCUUCUACUUCCGCAACCACCUCUGCAUCACCUUUGAACUCCUGGGAAUCAACCUGUACCAGCUGAUGAAGAAUAACAGCUUCCAAGGCUUCAGUCUGUCGGUCGUUCGGCGCUUCACCCUCUCUGUUCUGAAGUGUCUGCAGAUGCUUUAUGUGGAGAAGAUCAUCCACUGUGACCUCAAGCCUGAGAAUAUAGUGCUGUACCAACGGGGCCACGUCUCUGUUAAAGUUAUUGACUUUGGAUCAAGCUGCUACGAACACCAGAAAGUCUACACCUACAUCCAAAGCCGCUUCUACCGGUCCCCGGAGGUGAUCCUGGGCCACCCCUACAACAUGGCCGUCGACAUGUGGAGCCUGGGCUGCAUCAUGGCGGAGCUGUUCACGGGCCGCCCUCUGUUCCCGGGGGAGGACGAGGCGGAGCAGCUGGCCUGCAUCAUGGAGGUGCUGGGGCUGCCACCGACCCGCUUCAUCCAGACCGCCUCCCGGAAACAGACGUUCUUCGAUUCCAAAGGUUUUCCUAAAAAUAUAACCAACAACAGGGGGAAAAAAAGAUACCCGGAUUCCAAGGACCUCACCAUGGUGCUGAAAACCUACGACACCAGCUUCCUGGACUUUCUGAGAAGGUGUUUGGUCUGGGAGCCCUCUCUUCGCAUGACCCCGGACCAGGCCCUCAAACAUGCGUGGAUUCACGAGCCGUGGAACCUCAAAUCACGGCCCAGGCUCCAGACCUGGAGGAGAACCAGUCUCUGUCUCCCCUCUGAGUCCAGAAAGGAUAAGAUUCAAGGCCAACAUCACUCGGGCAAAAAAGAUGUGAUCAUCAAAGUAGAGACUAAAGACAAAGUUAAAAAUGUCUCCACGAAACAGAAUCAGAAUUCAGGUAAUGAGCUGAGCUCCCUCCAGCACACAGCUGAAGUUGUCCAGCUGCCUCAGCUAACAGAAGCUUCCAGAAAGACAGAGGCGGUUGUUGGGCCAGCGGAGUCUAAGACCUCCACAGGACAGCAAAACAAAAACUCCUCCCUCAAGAGCACAAGCAUCUUACCACCUAUUGUGUGA